AUGGCUGAUGAGAACAGCGUCUCCUUCAAAUUCCAUGUCAGACUCACAUCCGCCUUUUCUAUCAAGUACAAGGAUAAGAAUGACCUCUACAAGAAGUUCUUGAAGAAGGCAAAACGACAUGGUUUUCCUGUUAAGGGCAAAUUCUAUGGCUCCAAUCUCGACGGCGACAUUCGUGUGAUAAGGAACGCUGAUGAACUCUUGGCUACUCUUGAAGAUCAUUACAAGCAAAAGUCUACUUUCCGUGCCCGUCAAGUUUGA